AUGGAGGGAAAUAAUGAGGAGGAACGAGUUAGGCGUACGUUGGAAGAUUAUGCUUAUGUGUCUGUACCUUCAUCUUUCAACAGUAUAGCCCGACCUGUGGUAAAUGCUGCUCAUAUGGAAAUGAAACCUGCACUGAUUCACCUUGUUCAAAGUAAUCAGUUUACAGGAAUGUCACACGAAAAUCCCUAUGAUCAUCUGACAACUUUUAAUGAGAUUUGUAACAUUGUAAAAAUUUUACAUGUGUCAGAUGAAGCAAUUAGAUUGAGUCUAUUUCCCUUUUCUUUGGCUGGAAAUAUCAAUAAAGGCAAACAGGAAAUAUUCUCCUUUCAACAAGAGCAUGAAGAGUCGUUGAGUCAAACAUGGGAUAGGUUCAAGGGGUUGCUGAGAAAAACUCCAAUUCAUGGAUUUGACAUUCCCACUCAAUUAAACCUUUUCUUAGGAGGUUUAAAAUCUCACACAAAGCUUAUGCUAGAUGCCUCUACUGGAGGUAACAUUAGGUGGAAGACACCUGAUGAGGCACAAGAAAUAAUUGAAAAUAUGGCAUCUAGUGAUAAUGAUGUCCAAAGUGAGAGAGUGCAAACGCAAAAGAAAGGCAUGUUUGAAUUGCAAUCCCAAGAUGCCUUGUUAGCCCAAAAUAAAAUCAUGACUCAACAACUUGAAUCAGUAAUGAAAAAGUUGUCACAAUUACCAAAGGAACUUCAAACUGUAUCACAGGCACAACAUCAUCAAACUGUGCAAGGUUGUGAACUGUGUGGUGGAGAGCACCAAAAUGGACAGUGUGCUAUUCAGUCCAAUGCAAAGGAAGAGGUUAAUUAUAUGGGAAAUCAAGGUUGUUCGGGCAACUAUGGAAAUUAUAAUCAAGGAUGGAGACCUCAUCCUAGCAUGGGUCAGGCUAGUUCUAGUAGACCACCACAACAACAGUUUCAACAACAACCUACUCUUUCUGAUAGGACAUCCAAACUUGAAGAAACUUUGCAACAAUCCAUGCAAGUAUCCAUCUCCAACCAUAAAAGUACUGAAGCUUCUAUUAGAAACUUGGAGACACAAGUGAGUCAACUUGCAAAGAAGCUGGAUGAGACAUCUGAAAAGAAAUUUGUGGCUAAGAAUGAAGUUCACUCUAGGGAGGAAUGUAAUGUCAUAAUAACCAGAAGUGGAAAAGAAGUGGGGUUUGAUUCCAAGGAGAAGCCGACAAAUAAAGAUAUUCAAGCACACAAAGAGGAUGAUCAAAAGAAUGUGAUUCAAGAAGAAGAAAAUAGAAACAGGAAGGAAGAUGGAAGACAAAAAGAGAAAGUGUUGGUGAAGCAACUUCCUUAUCCUAAAAAUACUUCACAGAAGGAUACGGAAAGACAAAUGGAUCGGUUCAAGAAGAUAUUUAAUCAACUUGAGAUUACUUUGCCCUUGACUGAAGCACUGCAACAAAUUCCUGCUUAUGCAAAAUAUGUGAAGCAAUUCCUCAGUAAAAAGAAGAAGUAUUUAGAUGAGGAAACAAUUAAAGUGCAGGGAAAUUGCAGUGCAAUUAUGCAGAAAUCUCUACCUCCAAAAGUCAAAGAUCCAGGGAGUUUCACUAUCCCCUGCACCAUUGGAAAUCAUGAUAUAGGGAAGGCUCUUGUUGACUUAGGGGCUAGCAUCAAUUUGAUGCCCCUAUCUAUGCUCAAAAAGAUUGGUGACCUUGAAGUCAAGUCAACAAGAAUGAUCUUGCAAAUGGCAGAUAGGUCCAUUAAGCAUCCUUACGGUGUAGUGGAAGAUGUGGUGAUUAAAGUUGAUAAACUAAAAUUCCCUGUUGAUUUUGUAGUAAUGGAAAUGGAGGAAGACCAAGAUGAAGAGGUGAUAUUUAAUGUCUUUGAAGAUGUGAAGCAAAAUCAAGAGGAAAAGACUAGUUCCAAAGUAAAAGAUGAAGUUUUAGCAAUUACUAGUCUUCCAAGUCAAGUUGCCAAGUUGGCCAAGAAGAAUCUUAAUUGUUUCAAUCCAAAAGUGAAGGAAAGAGAUGAAGAUAAGGAGAAGCAAAGAGUUCACCAACAAAUUGAAGUGAAAAGUGAUGAACUCAAACCUGGAAAACCUGUGAAUCUUAAGAACAGGUUAUGGGUCAUCAAGGACAUAAAGGCAAAUGGAGUACUCGAAAUUGAGGCUCCAUAUUCAAGAAGAAUUAAGUUGGUGACAAGAAAGUUACUCAGAAAAUGUUGGUGUCAUGAAAAGAAAAAGGACACUAACAUCAAGAAUCCAACUUAA